AAAAGUCGAGGCAGAGGGUGAUACAUAUUGCCCAUUCCAUAAAAGUCUGUUAGCAAAAGCUGCCGUACAAGUUGGACGAGAAGCAAACGACACAAGUUACUUUUUGCAGGAUGAUGGCAGGUCAAGAAAGCAGAAAUGUUUCACCAUUCCUUUUUCUGUCUUCACCGUUGCCAUACAAGAAAAACUUGUCCAAGGUACAAAUCUGCAUAUCUUAAUAAUUAAAUGUUUUCUACAGCAGUAAGGGACUAUAUGGUUGACACUGAAGAGAAAUAGUUUGCAUAUCACAGAUUUUUGAGGAAAGAAAUAAUAUUGCAAAAAAGCUGGAGCAAGUAAAAAAUAAGUUUUCCACAUUGUCAUUGUGAUUAAAUCUAGUCCAGAAAGAUUCAUAAUUAAGUAAAAAAUAUGAUAUGAAAGUGAAAUUUUUUUUUUUUUUUGGGGGGGGUCACAAAAAGACUCAGUUUUUAAGUAAAAACUGUGAUUCUUUAUAGGAAGUAAAACCACCUAAAAAAUAUAAGCAAUGCAUGUAUAUUAAUUAUACUGACACUUAGUUUUGGCAUGCUCUUAAUAUGUUUAAUAUAUUUUUUUUCUUAUUAGUUGUUCGAAAUUCACGUAUUACUAUUCAACACAAGGCAAAGACUCAGCCACAAGGUACAGAUAAUCAACAGAGCAUGAUGGGGAAACUGAAGAGCAAUGUAACUAUUUUUACUUUGUAUCUGUAUAACUUUUGUGAUAGGAUGACCCCACAGAGAAGAUUGUGUUAUCAGUGUUGCAAAGUGAACUUCCAAGGGUAAAAAUCCCAUAUUAAUUAAGACUCUGAAAAAUCCCAAGAUAACUGAUUCCCAUUUUUUUCUCAAAAAAUCUCUAGCCCAAGGGAUCCUGACUGUUCCGAAAAGGAGACUCAAGAGAUGACUGCAGUAUUUUCGAAAUAAAAUCAAAUCAAAAUGGAUUGCAUGUAUUCAAAAAUAUCUAGAUUUUAUAAAUAUUUGCAAGAUAAAUACUUUUUUAUUUUGGCACAAUAAUUAAAGGAUAAAACAAGUAAACCACUAAUGAAAGAAAGUUUUCAGUUGUAUUAUUCACAACUACAAUUCCUGUGCUAUAAAGCCUUUUUUCAAUAAUUCUUUAAUUUUAAUAUGAAAAAUCGCAGGGAUAUCCCAAGGAUGAAUUUCUGAAAAGAAAUCGCCCAAAAAUCCAAACUGCAUUAAAAAUAAUCCCGAGAUCCUGGCUUUGGGAUAAGAUCCUGAAGUUGGUAACGCUGUUCUAUGUAGAAUAACCCACAGCGCAUUGUGGGAAAAUGAGUGCCCAGUACUAAUAUCAAAUUCAAUUACAGUCCUAGAUGACACCACACUACCACUACCACUACCACCAGUAUUCGAUGAUGGGGAAACCGAAGAGCAAUGUAACUAUUUUUACUUUGUAUCUGUAUAACUUGUGAUAUAGGAUGACCCUACGGCUACAGAGAAGACUACUAGAUUGUGUAGGAGCCUAAUUAAUGUAUUUUUUGUUCAGAAAGUUCGAAAAAGGUUGAAGACAAUUUUCUUGCUGUACCGCCAUUUAUGCUUAACUUGAAUCAGUUCUUGUUUCUCUGAUGCCCACUCACUGGUGGUUUAUAUACUGCAAAUUAAUAUUGCUAUAACAAUUGCAUGUAUAUGUUUAGUUUUGGCAUUUGUAAGCAUUUUUAUACGAUUAUAUUUUCCUUUUAGCCGUUGAAAAGUCACGUCAUAAAAGAGGCAUUUCCGAAGUCGCAAGUCCCAUUGUCAUUGAACAUGAGCCAAAAACUCGACGGCAAGGUACAAUGUCAACGGCGUAUGAUUACGUUUAUAUUACUAUAUACUUGUAAUUAUGGAAUCUUGAAUUCUGUUUACUACUGUUUUAAACCGACCAUAUCAUAUUCACUGAUAAUGUUCGUUUCAAAUUUGAUUAAAUAUGAUAUUGUUGUUAUUUGUGCUUUUUUGUUGUUAUUGUUGUUUUCUUUAUUCAAAUAUAAAUAUAUACGUCAUUAAUCGUUAUAGAAGAACCCACAGACACAGAGCAUUAUGAUCAGAAAACGAAUGGUACUCGUAGAGUCGUAGUCGUAGAUGAGCCGCCUAGUGCUGGAGGAGUCGUAGUCGUAGAUGAGCCAUCUAGUGCUGGAGGAGUCGUAGUCGUAGAUGAGCCGUCUAGUGCUGGAGAGGAAAAGGACACCGCAUCACCAGCAGAUAGAACUGAAACCGAAGAGGAAGAUUAA